AAUAGUAAUGAAGAAGUCUCACUAAGGCUUAUGUUGAGCAAAGGAUGGAAGGUAGCAGAAAUUUCUCAAAUCUGAGGAGGGACAUUGAUGCUCAUCAGAGGAAUCUUCGAGCCAAAUCAAGACAUAAUCUCCAGUGUAAGCUUGCUGUGUCUCUUAUGUGCAAGAAUGGCAAAUGGUAAGUCUCAAGAUCAUACUGGCCCGUAACUGACGAAGCUUAUGGAUAUCCCGGUUUCAAAAGCAUAUUGCAACCAGGAAUAUUGACUAACACUCCUGCACGAGAUGCCUGUCACUAAACUCAAGGUCGGAGGCAUUUGUCAGAAAACAAGAGUUGGACAGAAAGAGACGUUACCACACCCCUGCAUUUAGCCUUAAUAGUCGGAGACCAAGUAGGAGAAUCCGUAAGCAGUCAGCGUGAUGUUUGCCCCGCUUCCAGCCCUGAGCUUCACGCCUCAACAGAUCGCACAAGUAUGCGAAACUCUGGAAGAAAGCGGUGACAUCGAGCGGUUGGCCAGAUUUUUGUGGUCCUUGCCAGUGGCCCCCGGAACGUUAGAAGCCUUGAGUAAACACGAAAGCGUGCUCCGAGCGCGGUCCAUAGUGGCAUUUCACAUGGGUAAUUUCCGUGACUUAUACCACAUAUUGGAAACUCAUCGCUUCGGCAAGGAUUCGCAUGCCAAAUUGCAAGCGAUGUGGCUAGAAGCUCAUUAUCAAGAGGCUGAGAGGCUUCGAGGGAGACCGUUAGGACCUGUCGACAAGUACCGCGUUCGCAAGAAGUUUCCUCUUCCUAGGACAAUUUGGGACGGAGAGCAGAAAACGCAUUGUUUCAAGGAAAGGACAAGAAGCUUGCUUCGUGAGUGGUAUCUUCAGGAUCCUUACCCGAAUCCAACGAAGAAGCGCGAACUAGCGCAAGCAACCGGUCUCACACCGACACAAGUUGGCAACUGGUUUAAAAACAGAAGGCAAAGAGAUCGAGCCGCAGCAGCUAAAAACAGAAUGAACCAACAACAGGGUCAACACAUCUCACAAUGCAAAGGCAGUUUUUCCCCUGAGGGAAAAGCGAUGGAAGACUUUCGCGGGCUAAAAAAUUCACCGAUUUCAAAAUCAACAGACGAUCUACGCAAAGGCGAGUGAUCCUCAGGAAAAAUGUAGAAAUCAACGCUUUCGAACAAUUAAAGAAAGAAGCAGAGAGAGAUUAUUUAGAAAAUAAAAUUGAUGCUAUGGAUGACGAUUAUUUAAUAUCGACUAUUUGAAGUCAGGAGACUAAAGCGCAGAGCCUUGUUCUCUCUCAGAAAAUGGACAAAAGCAAGGAAAACUAGAAGGGCCCUUCGAAAAAAAAGCUACUCUAAGUUUAUUGUCAAAUUUUGAAUUGUUGUACAGAGAUAUAACGUUGUAAAUGUUUAAAUGUAUAAAUAUAAUCUGCAAAGGGCGCAGAACUUGUAACAUAAGAUAUCUUCAUACAGGGCUGCCCUGUUUGUCUUCAUGUGGAGAAUGAAAAAAAUUCAACACGUUACGGCUGACAUCUCUAUGUUUUGAUUGUGCGAUCUUCUUAAGUCGCUAUUAUUAGGUUAAAUAGAAGGAGUGAAAAAUGAAUAUAGUAAAGUUGUUCUGAUACAAU